AUGGCCAACAACAACAUACCUAGUCCUGAUCCCUUCGUCCUGGAACAACUGAUUGAAGAUUCCAGCCGCGAAGUGACGAAUCGUAAUCGGCAGGAACGUGCUCUUGCUGGACAGAGAAGGCCGAGGCAUGAGACCUCGCAGCCCCAGAGGCAACAGAUUCAGCACAUUCAACAUGUGCACGGCCUUCAACAAGUCCAGAACGUCGAACAAACCCAUCCUGAAGGACAAGUUCAGAACGGGGAAGACGGGCAGACCCGGCCCCAGACUGAACCAGAGCAGCUCCAAGUGGUGAAUGAAACUGAUACCCGAGACGGGCAACCCGCUUCCUCGUUCACCCACACCUCUGGCAGACGAAGAAGCCGUAGCCCGGACGAGGAGGAACAGAUCAACAUUCCCGAGGGUGCUGAUCCAACCGCCGUCCUCCUACUCAAGGAGCUGCAGAAAACCAACCGCCUCAUCCGCCUACAGGGCGACCGCAUCCACGACCUGGAAAGGAAGCGACGAUAUCGCUCCCUCCAACGGAGACGCCAUCGAUCACGUUCCUAUUCCUCUUCGCGGUCUCCUCCGAGGAGAAAUCGCAAGCGUAGUCCAUCUAGGUCUCGCUCCCCCUCGAGAAGAAACCGGCGCCAGCGGUCUUAUUCCCGCUCUCCACCUCGAAAGACUCGGAAGAAUCAGAAACCUGAAACCACUGAAGCCAAGAGUCUCUCACCCGAGCAGGAGCACCGAGGCCCCUCCAAAGCCGUGCAGAAAGUCCGCGAGCAUUCUCCAAAAGACAACCGCAAAAUCUCGGGCAAAGCACGCACUAAAUCCCAGCGGGGCAGACAUUCAAACUCCCCUGAGCCUAGCGACGAAGAAGAUUUCCGCAGUCCCUUGUCCGAGCAAAUCCGGCGUGUUCGUCUUCCACGGGGGAUGGAAAAACCACCAGCCUUGGACCACUAUGACGGGACCACCGACCCCGAUGACCACAUAAGGAGCAUCGAAGCUGUCAUGGACUACCAUGUGGCUGAAGCCGCCAACCGGGUCAUCCUCCGUGGGUUGAAGAGAAGGCUGGGCGAGGCGAAAAAAGCUUGGGUCGAAGAGCUACACAGCGUCCUCUGGGCGUACAGGACGACCCCACAUUCGACCACGGGCGAAACACCGUUCAGGUUAACCUAUGGCACUGAAGCCGUGAUCCCCGUGGAGAUCCGAGAACCAUCUCGUCGGACUGAGUCACCUCUCGAGGAAGAACUAAACGAUGAAGCUAUGAGAGAAGAGCUCGACAUGGUCGAGGAAAUCCGAACAGGAUCCUCCCUACGUGAAGCAAAACUGAAACAACAGAUAGCCUUACGCCAUAGCACUAAAGUUAUCAAACGCGGAUUCGAAAUCGGAGACUUGGUCCUCCGCCGAAACAUGAAAGAUUCGCACGAAGGCAAACUAGCCCCAAACUGGGAAGGUCCAUACCGAGUAUACGAUAAAACCGAAAACGAUAAGCACAAGUAA